GCUACAGUGCCAGCCAGUGUUGUGUCAAUGGAGACGUGCCUGACGACAAACACAUUGGGGGAUUCUUACAAAUUGUUUCCUUUAUUUCAUUGUUAUUCCGAGGAAUUAAAAAUUAAUGACAUUUUUAAUUUCGAAAACUGGUUUGGCAAGAUUUGAUGGAUAUGUUACUUUUGAUGUACUCUUGGCAUGUAGGUUUCUGGAUUUAUUUGUGGCAAGAAACAAUUGCUUGAUAUGGAUUUUUAAAGCCAUUUGACACUUAAGUAAAUCUUGCACACGGGACCGACUUACAGGAAAGAAUAGUGUAGUUUGAGGAGAACUUAUGAUGAUGUGUUGGUCAUGAACUGCAACUUUAGGUCAUCAUGAAGCGGGACGUAAUUUCAAAGACAGAAAUGACCAGCAAAGAACUGACCUUGCUAACUGGUCGAAUGUCCACAGAUGACAUUCCCUCUGUCCAGUCACGUGUGAACAAAAUAUUUUUAUGUUCAGCCGGAACAGAUACGGUGACAGAGAGGGACGCCUUUGUGGGACGUGUUUACCCCAGGCUUAGAGCCUACUGCAGGGACAAAUAUGGCAUGGAGCUCCAGGUUCUGGAUUUGAAUUGGGGAAUACCACAGGAAUUGAUAGGUCACCAAACAGACAUGACGUCAUUAAGUAUCCAAGAAAUACAAAGAUCCUUGGCUUUGUCAUCGGGCCCAAAUUUUAUUGCUUUUCUUGGCCAGAAGUACGGGCCACUCUCACUUCCCGAUGUCAUCUUGUCAGAGGAGUUUGAGGCCAUUAUGCUGGCCCUGUAUGGACAUAAAGGUCGUGACACCAGAAAAGCAGAUAUGCUGGAGAGGUUGUAUGAUCUCGAUGAUAACAACAUUCCUCCUGUCUAUGUCCUGAAGGAGAAAUGUCAAAUAGUGCCUGAACUCUCCAGUUCAGACUCAAGUGAAAGAGAAGUAGGCGGAGCUAAAUGGGAGGAGCUUCAGACAGAACUUAGAGCGCUCCUUCACAAAGGGGUGGAGUUAGCACAUUUGAAUGGUUCAUUGGACAGUGAAACCAGAGAUCGAUACUUGGCUUCAGAUCUUGAAAAUUUGACUUGUUUGGGUUUUGACAGUAACGACGACACUUCCAAGAGAUGUGUGCUCAUUACCAGGACCAUAGCUGAUCUGAAGAAUUACUCCCAGGAGCCCAGAGCACAAUAUUUUGCUGACGUCACUUACAACGACAUGGAAGAGAGGCUGGAACUGGACCAGGUCAGCGCUGAGAAGCUGGAUAGGCUCAAGAAAAACCUGCACGCCCGGAUACCGGACUCGACUAGAAUCCACUGGGAGGUACUGUGGAGGUAUGAAGAGGUGAUCCAUCCUCAGCUCCACAAGGAGUACCUCCUGACACUGUGCCAACAGCUUUAUGAAGUAUGCGUUGGUCUGAUUGACGAGGAUAUACCAGUUCCAGAGUUGACAACCGGGCAUGGCGUGUACGAUGAAGCUGUCCAGCAUUGGUCAAGAUGCCGGUACACAGCUGCAACGUGCAUGUACAAUCAGGAGACAUUACUCAACCGUCUUAGAGAGUACCUCGUGGGCAACCUCACCACGCCAUUAGUGGUCUAUGGGGCGCCAGGUUCUGGAAAAUCCAAAAUGAUCUCAAAGAUGGCGUUUCACAUCUCUGAACUAUUAACUGGAGAGUACAUCUUCAUAUUGAGGUACAUUGGUCACACUCCAAAGGCCAACGAUCUCCGACAACUGCUUGUCAGUAUCUGUCAGCAGAUAGCACUGACCACAGACAGACCGGAAGAGGAAGUGCCGCUAGAGUUGAAAGAAGUGAUCAAAUACUUCCAGAGACUUCUAGCUUCUAUCCCAUCAAACAUCCGAUUGGUGAUCAUUUUAGAUGGCCUGGAACAACUUCACAGUGAUUCUCAUUCUUUAAUUCUGAACUGGGUUCCAUGUACACUUCCUCCUCAUGUGAAGCUAAUCAUGUCCAUCAAUUCCACGGCAAGAGAUCUCCUGGAACAAUUCACGCAGGAUGUUCUGCCUGAGAAUCCCGAGUCCUUCCUGGAGAUGGUAUCAGCCACGGUCGACGAGUGUGAGGACAUGUUGAGCCAGCUGCUCAUCUCGGUGGACAGGUCAGUGACCAACACACAGAUGGCGGUCUUGAAACGAGUUAUUGAGGGAGAACCUCUGCCACUUUACGUCGAGCUGCUGGCAAAUCUUGCUAAGGACUGGAACUCUUUCACCGAUGUCAGCAGCGUUUACAUCCCUUUGAAUUGCGAGGAUGGAAUUCGAGAUCUUUUGGAUAGGCUGGAAAAAAAACACGGCUACAUGAUGGUGUCGAGAGCCUUGUCUUACAUCGUGGCAUCUUCCAGUGGGCUUAGUGACUGUGAAAUGGAAGACGUCCUGUCUCUUGACGAGGACCUUCUCAAUGAGAUAUACCAAGACUUUCACCCCACUGUUAGGCGAGUUCCGCCCAUGAAGUGGCUGAUGCUGAAGAGAGACAUUGAAUCCUUUCUAUCCUACAGGGAGUCCGACGGUGUCACAGUAACGACUUGGCAACAUGAAAGCUUUAAUCACGCUAUAAACUCUCGGUACUUGUGUAACGACGCAACCUUCACCUUGGUGCACUCCAAUUUGGCAGACUAUUUCCUCGGCACCUGGUCAGCCCGGACGAAACCAGCUUACCUUGAGAAUGGGAAGAAGUUACCGGGCAACGCCACCAUCUCCGACAGGAAAGUACCCUCCCAGCCACACACAUUUGGGGAAAGCAAAGAUGGUCUCAUGAGGUUCAAUAAAAGAAUGUAUAACCAGGUACCCAGGCACCUUCAUCUCUCAGGCCGAUACAAAGAGCUCAACAAUCUGGCCUUCUUUAACUACGAGUGGCUGUACAGCAAAACUAGAGCCCUCUCUCUUCAACAUGUCAUGGAUGACUUCGAGCUGAACCCAAUCGAAGAGGUCGGCUUCGUGGAAGAAGCUCUGAGAGUAUCCAAGCAUAUCAUCGAGGACGAUGUCAACAGUCUUCCUAUAGAAAUUACUGGCCAUCUGCUGCCUUACUACGCCUCGCACUCAAAUAUACGGUCUCUCAUCCGACAGUGCGAUACUGACGGGCUCCAGCAGUGCGCCUUGGUCCCAAACUUCCCUUACCACCACGUACCAGGGACAUCGCUGGAGUACACUUUGGAGUGCCCAAACGUGACAGAAGACAUCCUUUACCUGCAUGACGGCAGACACUUGGCUUGUAAACGAAAAGAUGAUCCGUACAUUCACAGGUUUGACCUGAAGUCCGGGGACGCGGUGAAGCCAGUAUUUGUAUCUAUUGGUGAACUAUACUUGACGCCCGACAACAAGUACUUUAUCAUUGUGGAUCACGUGACUGAAAAAGCCAUCAAAAUCCACGAAGCCGAGACGGGCACUUUCCUAAAGCAGAUCAUUCUCCUGAACCAUAUCCAAGGAAAGACAAGUCUGUACAAAAAAGGACCACUAAGUCUCAAUAACACUCACCUUUGUGCUGUAGUUACACUGGCCAACAGUGUUUUGUGUAUCUGCAAUAUUCCUUCAGGUGAGGUGGUGCAUGUGCUGCCCCUGGAAGGGAAGGCUCACGUCUGCCAGAUAAGUCCAGACGGUAGAAGUGUCUUCUGCAAUGCCAACGCCUUCCUUUUGUCCAUCGACCUGAUCACUCUGCAGCCUCUUCUGAACAUUCCUAUAGGCAGCCAACCCAACAACAUAGUCUUGACCCAAGAUGGACUGCGUGGCUAUCUCAGCAAUGACCUAGACACAAGGCUGACAGUCAUGCACAUGAAUGGCGACCACGUGGACAUGAUCUACAGGGCGGUGCUAGAAGACAAGAUGCCAGGGGACUGUAUCCAAAAGCUUUCUGUGUCCCAAGAUGAUGAGCUUAUCCUAGUACGUGGGUUAAACAACUUGUUGGUCUACCGCAGAGGGUCUGAACAAAUCAUGGCUUCCCUUCCACGACCAUUGGACGUACCGGAAGAGUUUAAGCUGCCCAAAAGCCAUUACGUCAAACUGAACUUCACAAACGCUGAAUUGACUCCAGACAGCAGUUUCAUUAUCGGGACAGUGUUCAGAAACAUUUACUUGUGGCAGAUCUCCAGCGGUUCCCUCAUUGCUACAAUUCAAACCCCUAUCGGAGUUAUCAUAAAACUGGAAGUGUCGUCUGUCAGAAGUCAAGUGAUCACUCACAUUGACGGCAGCCGAGAUAUCCAGGUGUGGAAUAUCAGCGAAGCAUUACGCCAAGUGACCACUAGAGACAAACUCACUGAAGCUAUCAGCGAGUUCCAGGUGACAGUCAACACUGACAUUGCUUUCGUGCGGUGUGAGAAGAGCGAUGAACUUGGGGUCAUUGACAUGCGCAAUGGCUGUCUGCUUGAUCUUCUGACCCACGAUAUGCCUAUACAAGACUUUGCUGCCUCUCCAGAUGGAGACUGGGUCCUAGUGUCCACUCAUCCACGUAUGAAAAACACCGCGUUUAAACUGUGGAACAUCCGAGAGCGAAAAGUAGCAUUAGAAAUUGGAAACGUGAGUGGCUACUGCGUGAGCUUCAAGGCACAGCCAAAGAUCUUCAUGAUAGCUCCCAAAAUAGAUUCUUUUAAACCACCUCAACACAUUUCAGCUAUUUCAUUCAGCGGUGGUGAGUUCUACGAACAUGGCUAUCCCCAUCAGAUAACUGUGAUUAAGUCAAAGCCUUUCAUCACCAUGAACGAUAAAUACCUUGUUGUGAGUUCGUCCCUUGACGACAAAGACGCUAAUAGCAAUUUUUCCACUUCCUGCAUAUGCGCCUUUGACAUUGACAAUGAUAUGCACAUGUCCGUGACGGACGCCGCUGCCAUGAAGUUUGAAGAGCAUCUUCUUGACAUUCUAGACGUCAAGCCUUGCCACGGGAAUACAGUGGCCGCGGUUUUUUCUUGCAAGAGUCACAAAGAAUCUUUAUCAGGCAGACAAGACUUCUAUGAGCCUGAAACUCACACCUUUGGCUGUUUUUUUCUUGACGCCUCAAAGGGAACAAUGACUCUUUUGUGCAUCCCAUUCCCCAAACCGAACUUCCAAGUCGGGAGCAACCCACUGAUCUUCAACACUGACUGCACCCUAUGCAUUGACGAACAGGGCCAAAUUUUUCAUACGCCUACAGGGAAAUUCAUUUGCCAGGUUCAAACCCCUGCGUCUUCCCCGCCUCGCGCUUUUGCGUUACGGAGCACUGUCAUUGUGACAUUUCUAGGGACAUACCUAUACGUGACCCGCAUCUACGAUGGGGUCACUUUGGGUCAAUGUGACGUCCACUCUCCCAUCUGCCACCUUCACGUCUGUGCUGAUGACAGGACGCUGCUGGUGGGAUGUUCUGACGGAACUGUACUCUCCUAUACCAUCAUUGAUCCAGAACGAGACAACCCCACCUCUGUUUUGAGCGUACUCCCCUCCAGAAAAGUUGGUGACCAGAGUAUUUUUGAGAAAAGAUUUUCAAGAUCGUGGGAUAAAAUCAACUCUGACAAUGGUCCCAGCUACUCACGCCCGCCAUCAGCCACUGACGUGUCUACUAACAACAAACAACUUAUUGCUCAGCUCAAGACAAAGUCGUCGACUAGGCCUCCAUCAGCCGUCAUGCCUAGAACAACGGUCCACUCUCAAAUGUGCAGGCUCAUGUAAGCAAGGUGUCCCAUAAAAUGACCAUAUAUUGAAAGCAUUAUGUACCUAUGUCGAUGGACAUUUAUAAAAUAAAAA